AUAACAUCUCAAAUUCAAGCGAAGGGUCAAGUGCAGGUCUGUCACUCGGACUCUUCAGUCAGACAGAAAUCAACAUAAAACUGAUGGCUUGACAUCGCGCGGGAUCUGUGCAGAUGCCUAUCAUCACGAGGGCAGACAUAGAAGACCGAAGCAAGGGUGAUAUACUAUCCAGAUGUGUCACCAUUCUUCAGCUGGCGUGGUUCCUCAUCCAGAUCAUCGCCCGUUACACACAACACCUCCCCAGCACAUUACUUGAAAUCGACACUCUGGCUGUAGUUUGUCUGACCAUAGAUACUUAUGGUUUACUAUGGCUGCGGAAGCCGAAGGAUGUACGACGUCCCCAUAUUGUUCAUUGGAACUCGAAUGUUCCUCCACCACACGACUGCUUAGCCAACGACAAAAGACAUAUUCCAAUGCUCCUGUGUCUACUAUCUAAUCACAAAAUUCGGCGGUCUAGUACCUCGGCUCAGAGUAUGACUACAUUCCUCGUUGGAGGUGUCAGUGGGGUGCUGUUUGCAGCGAUACAUGCCCUGGGCUGGAAUUUUUCGUUUCCGAGCCACGCCGAGCUGGUAUUGUGGCGUGUGGCUUUCGUUUGGAAGGCAUGUUUAUCGUUAACGAUGUGGACCCUCUGGUAUCUGUACAUGCAACCAUCGGAGUACAAAGGGUUAUCGGGUAAAAUCCUAUGUUUCCUUUCCGCUCAUUUCAUGAAGAUUAUUGGAAUUCUCGGCAUGAUAUACGUUCUUGCACGUCUUACAAUAAUUACACUUAUUAUGCUAAGCUUACGAUCGCUACCUCACGGUGUGUACGAUACAGUAGCUUGGCCCAAGGUUAUUCCACAUGUAGGUGUAUAGUUUCAUUACAUAGCUGUAGCAGGGUAUGAUAACUUGCCUGAGUCUUCGUCUAUGGCGGGUACUGAAAUCGGAAGUGCAAGUACUAAUAAUAACAGGUUGCCGUUCCCCUUACAUACCACACGUUGGUCAGACGGAGUCCUAUGCUGGACAUCAUGCUGGCACGUACAGUGGUUUCGGGGCGCGUUAUUCAUCGAGUUUGGGUUAUGGUCAUGGUACAUCGCAUUGAAGUCCACUACGAGGCAGAGGCAAUUUGACUCGGAGGAUGUGGGG